CGGAGUGUGUUGUGUGUGAAUGUGUCUGAAUGAGUGUGUGUGCUGACAGAAGCUAACCGAGGUGACAUUUAUCUUUUUUCUCUAAUUUGGAAUAAAUGAAAAACGUCAAAUUCGGGAUAUUUGCAUAAACCAGCAAUGCCCUGUGUACAAACCCAGUAUGCAUCCCUGCCCCAUGACAACUACUUCAGCUCUGAGUUCUUGAAUCCUGACCUCAGUGCCACACUGGUGAUGGACUUCAGUGGCCAAAAGGACCAGCUGUCCACAUCUUCAUUGCCCAGCAUCAACACUUUGGUUGGAAAUGGCUAUGUCGGGGAGUUUGAUGCAUAUUCCUGUAAGAUUACCACCUCUCCUCCUGCCUCUACGGUUUCAUUCAGCCACACAGGAGUAGCUGAAAGCACCAGCUCUCAGAUGCACAGCCAGGCCUUCAAGCUGGAUGAUCUCCAGGUGUAUGGCUGCUACCCAGGAUCCUUUGCACUCAACUGCCUUGACGAAACGCUGUCGUCAUGCAGCUCUGACUACUAUGGCAGCCCAGUCUAUGCCACUGCUUCUCCUCCAACACCAAGCUUUCAGACAGAGUCUGCACCUGUCUGGGAUUCCCCUUUCAGCCCCUACCCCUCAGCCCCCCUGCCCUCUGUGGCUGACAAGGCCGCCAUAGCUCAGCAGCUCUCCUUUUUCACCUUCAGCUCUGCACCAGAACAACACUCCCCCAUGGGGCAGCAGCACCAGGAUGCUCAGCCAAGCCAGGAAGAGCACUUCUUCCUGUCUCCUCAGCAGCAUGUCUCCCCACUUCACUGCCCCCCAGUUUCUCUGGAGCAUAGACUUCUAGAAAGCCCCAAGAUAGCAGAGGGUGCCAUGAUGUCUCCUAAAACGCCAAACCCAGGAUCCAGCGAGAGUCGCUGUGCAGUUUGUGGUGAUAACGCUUCCUGCCAGCACUAUGGAGUCCGCACCUGUGAGGGAUGCAAAGGUUUUUUCAAGCGAACUGUCCAGAAAAAUGCAAAGUAUGUGUGCCUUGCCAAUAAAGACUGUCCAGUGGACAAGAGGAGGAGAAACCGAUGCCAGUUCUGUCGUUUCCAGAAAUGUCUUGCAGUGGGAAUGGUCAAAGAAGUUGUUCGUACGGACAGCCUUAAAGGUCGCAGAGGUCGCCUGCCCUCCAAACCCAAGAUCCCAGUUGAGGCUUCAUCCACGAUCCCCAGUGUCAACAUCAUAGCUUCGCUUGUCAGGGCUCAUCUAGACUCAAGCCCAACCAUCGGAAAGCUUGACUAUUCCAAGUACCAGGAGACAGCAGACGGCUCGAAAGAGAAGGAGGAUGCUGGUGAUAUCCAGCAGUUCUAUGAUUUACUGACUGGUUCCUUGGAUGUGAUAAGGAAAUGGGCUCAAGCCAUCCCAGGAUUCACCGACUUCUGCACAGAAGAUCAGGAGCUGCUCCUCGAAUCUGCGUUUGUUGAACUCUUUAUCCUCCGCCUGGCUUACAGGUCAGAUCCAGAAAAGAAUGAGCUGAUCUUCUGCAAUGGCGUGGUGCUCCACCGACUACAGUGCGCUCGCAGUUUCGGUGACUGGAUCGACUCCAUCAUGGAUUUCUCGCACAGCCUUCGCCGCUUGAACUUAGACGUCUCCUUGUUUUCCUGCCUCGCAGCCCUCGUCAUCAUCACCGAUCGUCACGGCCUCAAAGAGCCCAAGCGGGUCGAGGACUUUCAAAGUCACCUCAUUACUUGUCUAAGGGAACACGUGAGUGGAAAUGGAUCAGAACUGAGCCGGACGCAACCCAACUAUCAGUCUCGCCUUCUGGGCAAACUGCCUGAACUGAGGACUCUGUGCACACAAGGCCUGCAGCGCAUCUUCUACCUGAAACUGGAGGACCUGGUGCCUCCUCCUCCGAUAGUGGAGAAAAUCUUUAUGGAUACACUGCCGUUUUAAAAUGAACAAAAGAGGUCAAAAGCACCAAACGUGAGGUUUUUCACUUCACUCUACUAAACCUCCUUCUAGCAUACGGAGGUGUGCUAGCAUAGUUAAAGAGACCAUUAUUUUUUUAUCUUUAAGUGCUAUUAAAUAUAGUACCUGUGUGAAUGCUGUAAAAGAUUGAUAUUUCAUGACACUGUUUAUAUAUAUUUCGUGUGCAUUGGUAAAGGUGACUUUUUUUGCAGUGCUAUUUGUGAAUGUUGUCCUGCUAUGCAGCCUAUAACACGUGGAUAUCAUGGUAGAUGCCAUGCAGUGUUAAAUACUCAGAAACACACUAAUUUUUUUAAAGCAUGUUUUCAGAAUUGCUUGAUUGGCCCACUCAGAGGCUGAGAUUGGAGAUGACGGAGUAGGGAAGACAGGCAGUUGUGAAAGAGUCCCACUUUUCCACAAUGAAAUACUUACUUAUAUCUUUCUAUGGAAACUAUAGCUGCAGCACUAAACAUGCUCAUGUGGAAGGUCUUGGACCAAAGUUUACCAAAGUUUUUAUGUUGAUACUACCAGUUAAAAACCUAAUUGCCUUAAGCUAAAGAAAAUAAUCUGCCAUAUCACUUCGCCUGUCACUUUUCAGCACUUUUUAAAGGCUGAUCAGGCGGCUCUCCUGUUAAACUGCAUAAACCUGUGACGACAGGCUUCUCGGGCUUUAUGUAAGAAUGAAAAUUGACUUGCUUAGUGAAAAUACAAAGUGCCUUUUCAUAAAACCUCACUCCAUCAACCACACUAAGUGAACCUUUAUUCCAAACAUCACAUAUAGCAAGGCCCUUUUAUCACAGGCAUGAGUCACUCUCAGAAUUCAAGUGUUAGUGCUGCUAGUGUUAAUGCAGUAUGUCAAAGAGUGUCCAGUACUUCACACUGUUUAAACUGGAAGGUCAUUAAGUUGUGACAGGCUGUUUAAGACAUGUAAAAUUAAAUUGUUAUGUUACAGAGGCACUGGACGUUAGAACCACGGUGGCGCCGUCCAGAUUUAACUAGAUCGAGUCUUGUAUGAUUUGUAUAAAUUAAUGCCAGAAAAUUCAAAUUCGCAGGCAGACAUUAACUGUUUUCUUGUCUUAGGCAUCAGAUACAUUACAUGUUGUGGACCUCAAUUCUGUGACUGUAAAUCUCUCCACCUGUCUUCCAUAUUUUUCAGAAUUGUGCAGUUUUGUUUUGGUUGUUUUUUUUUAUAUACAUGUUGGAUUUAUAUUUUGAUUUCAAAAUGACCGAAAGAAAAUUCUUAAGGAAUCACAGUGAAACGUGAUGACGUGAGCAGCUAUGAGCACUUGAGUGUUCAAAUGGUAUGAAAAGUACUUCUUCUGUAUGAGUUUGUGUGCGUGCAAAAUAAUACCAGGCCUUUUGUAAAAUGGUGCAAAAAAAAAAAAAUGAA